AUGUUCAGAAGAAAGAAAGAACACUGGCUGCUGAGUAUUUUGAUAUUGCCACUUGUUCAUGCCUAUGGACCUAUUUAUACAGAAGGAACUACAAUCACUCACAGGAGUAUCAGAAGCGUCGGCCCCGAACGACAAAGAAUAAAAGAAGAACUUUUAAACGCACUUGGCAUUCCCGCUUUAUGGAACACUCGAUCAACGAGGAAUACGGGCCCUGGUAUCGCGACGGAUCCGACCAAGAAUUCCUUUUCGAUUUUCAUGCUCGACAUGUACAACAAAAUCACAGAGCCGAAAAUGGGAGGGUCGACAGAAAUCGCGGUUUUGAGUAAACCUGCGUUGAAAGUCAGGAAAUCGAGGAAAUCUGGAUCGAUUCCCUCUUCCAAGACUUUCCUCUCAAAUAUGGAGCUUUCCACCGAUGAUUUGCGCGAUCGAAGUGACCGAAUCGUCACCAUCCUGGACUCCUCUGUCACCCGUCAAAAGUCAACAGUGGAAGAAUUUGGCAAGAAAUUCCUCUUCACGAUGAAAAAAGACGACGAUCGUGAUCUUUAUGCGUCCUUGAGAAUUUUCAAGGCGUCGGCAGAUGUCGCCUUCGUCGAUUCUUUUGGCAAUCAGACGCUGAGUGUCGUCGCUUCAAUCAUCAAUCCGGGCCAUGGUGGAACUUUCCACCACGACACGAUUUCGAUACUAAAAGUCAAACCGCUCGACGAAGGCUGGCUUGAGAUUGAUCUCACAAAAGCUGUCAUCACUUGGAUGGAUCAUCCUGAGAGAAACCAGGGCAUUUAUUUGAAAGUUCUCGAUCACCGAGCCGAACCACUGCCCCUAAAACAUGUUGGAAUCGACCGUGUAGAGGAAACAGAAUUCAUCCCAUUUCUCGCUGUAUAUAUCAAUAACAAGGACAAAAAACUUCACCCUGAAAAUUCAACCAACCUUCCACAGGCUGAGCACGAGCGCACCACCCGCGCAGCACGAGAAUAUUCUGACUCCGACUCUGGAAACGCAUUUUCGGACGAUUCUUCCGACGACGAUAGUUUCUCAUCAGAUUCGUCUGCUAGAAGAACGCGAAGAAAAAGCAAAAAAAGUCGAAGAAAAGGAAGCCGAAAACGAAAGAAUAAGAAUCGAAACAAGCGCAAGAAGAAGAUCUGCGGCAAGGAGAAAUUCUAUGUGAAUUUCCGCGAGAUCGACUGGGGGGAUUACAUCUUGGCUCCAGAGGGUUAUCCAGCGUACAAGUGCAGCGGAAAAUGCUCGCUAGAAAAUGUGGGCAAAGACGAUGUUCCGAUGACCAAUCAUGCGAUCAUGCAGGCGAUGAUGGCGAAUAUUGAUAAACGCAUCGAAUGCCCGAAAUGCGCACCGCUGAAGCUCGAAGCGAUGACCAUUCUGUACAUGGAAGAGGACACGAGGCGUGUAACACUUCGCAAGUACGACGAUAUGGUGGUGAAGAAGUGCGGCUGCCAUUGA